AGUGAUGUAAUUUAGUCUGCCAUUUUUACAAGCCUUCCAUUUAUUCAUAAGAAAGCCCUAAAGGCGAUUUAAUAAAAUUAACAUAGUGUGAUUUUUUUAUUAAAAAUGCCAAGAGGAUCUAGAUCAAGUGGGGGAGGAAGGUCUUCGUUUUCCAGCCCUUCUAGUCGAUCAGCUUCACCUCCAGCAAGAAGUGCUCCGCCUCCUACUAGAGCUGCUCCACCACCUCAAAAUCUGCCUGCUCAACAACCUGCAAGUGCACUUUCUUCACCCGCUCCCAAACAACCAGGUUUGUUUGCUCAAAUGGCUACUACUGCUGCUGGUGUUGCUGUUGGUUCAACUGUGGGUCAUACAUUAGGGCAUGCUCUAACAGGAUCAUUUUCAGGUGGUAAUAAAUCGAAUGAUAAAUCAGAAAGUCAGCAGCAAGUAUCACAAGAACGUAAUCCUCAAAACCCUUGUGAAUAUGAAAUGAAACAGUUUUUGGAAUGUGCACAAAAUCAAACUGAUGUGUCUCUCUGUCAUGGAUUCAAUGAAGCUUUAAAACAAUGUAAAUUAUACUACAACUCUACAGCAUCUACUGGAGGUUCAAUGAUGCAUUAGUAAUACUUCGAUGGUUGUUUGUUUGUUUUUAUUGGUUUUUUAUUUGUAAAUUUUUGAAAUUAAAUUACAAGUUAAAAAUA